AUUUUUUUAGGUGCCAACACUGACGGCAUGAUUCAACAACUCAUGGAACUUCGUGGCCAGCUCCACGCAAUUGCGGCCAGGAAGCAGAUGGGAGCCCAACAGGGUCAACAACAACGACUUUUCGCACCUCCCAAAAACACCAGGAUGAUGCGAUUCCGGGCACCAUCGCGACAUUUUGGGUACGAUGACAACAGCGAGUAUUACAAUAAUGGACGAGCCGGGUUUGGCCAGGAUUCGGGCAAGUUCAGCAGACGGGAACGGGUUCGCCAACGCCUGCAAAAAAUGCAUGUCCCCACUUGGGACGCUAACCAUGACGCACAUCUUGACUGAGCUCUUAUUUCAGCAUGCUAAUAAAUUCCAUCAUCUCCACUUUUAUCUGGUUUAUUAUUUCUUCCAAAAGGAUUCAGGGAUGAUCUUCAUUGAGACCAUAAACUAUACCAGCAGAGACCCGGAAAAAAAUUCGUCACUAUACAAAACUUUGCAAGAUUGCUUUUUAGGAAGAGACAUGAAUUUCU